AUGGAACUCGAGUUCCAUGGAGUAACGUAUCCCAGGACCCAGGGAGCACGACCUGAGCCGAAGGCAGACGCUCAACGACUGAGCCACCCAGGCGCCCCAGGGCAGGCGUUUAGAAAGUUUCUUCCCCUCUUUGACCGAGUUUUAGUUGAAAGGAGUGCAGCUGAAACUGUAACCAAAGGAGGUAUUAUGCUUCCAGAAAAAUCUCAAGGAACAGUGUUGCAAGCAACAGUAGUAGCUGUUGGAUCCCGCUCUAAAGGAAAGGGUGGGGAGAUUCAACCAGUUAGCGUGAAAGUUGAAGAUAAAGUUCUCCCAGAAUAUGGAGGUACCAAAUUAGUUCUAGAUGACAAGGAUUAUUUCUUAUUUAGAGAUGGUGACAUUCUUGGAAAGUAUGUGGACUGA